AUGGAAAUCAUCACACCCCAGGACUACCAGAACAACUCCCGCAAGCGACAACGUCGUAGCCUUCGUCCCUGCGACGCUUGUCGGAAGCGCAAGACUCGCUGCGUCACAAAAGAUGGUGACGGUGACUGCGUCCAUUGUCAGCUGAGAGCUACACCGUGUACCUUUCAGCACGAUCCCCCAGAGCGACAGGUUGCAAGUACCAGCGGGAAUAGCAGCAGCACAACCGCCACCGCCCCAGGCAUCCAGGAAGAAAUCGGCCCAGACGAGAUUCCAGGACAGCUUCAGAACCAGACCCAACCUUCAGCCAGGAGUAUGAGCCAGCAAAGUCGUAAAGAGUCUCGGGACGAAGUUCAGUCCGUCUACUCCGUCCCCUCGAUCCAGCCAUUCCUCUCCCCUGCUGAGACGCGCGCUUCUGCUGAUAGUGGUAUGCCUAUUGCUCCGCCAUCGGUGCUUGUUCCCGAGCUUGGUCCCCUGGAUCGCACUAUGGGGUGCUCGUCUACGCGCUUCGCCGAACUCUAUGGUCUUGGAAGUGACAUGGAGCCCAUACUAAUGCGACAUCGUCCCUACGAUCCUCAAACCCACGAGUUUAGCCUUGAUACGCAUGCCAUCCGCCGUGUGCUCGAGAGGGAUGACGGCCAGGAGUAUCCCUUGACGUUUCACAUGGCUCGAGAUGAAAAAGCAGUUGACGGUGAUCCCACCUUUUCCCAGGUCGACGCUAUCGAGAGUUGCGUUCGCCCCCAUGGCCCAAGUCUAGUUGAGCUCUUCUGGAGACACGUUCAGCCGUGCUAUCCCAUCCUCUCCAAGGACCCCUUCACCCUUGCCUAUAGCCAGUCUUACCGGCGCAUACCCGCGGCCCUCCUCGGAGCCAUCUAUCUAUCCGCUAUCCGCUGGUGGACCUAUGACCCUGAACUCUCCAUUAGAAGUCCCCCGGAUGCUGCCCUACUGCGUAGGAUGCUCCGGACGGCCAUCCCGGCGUCCUACCACCGCCCAAAGCUCAGUUCCAUACAGGCUGCCCUGCUCCUCCUCCAAUGCCAGCCCGAGGACCCCCUCAACCCGGACCAUACCUUCCAAUGGGGCCUGACAUGCCAGGCGCUCGCUAUCGGUCAAUGUCUUGGUCUUCACCUUGAUGCCAGCAACUGGACUAUUCCCCAAUGGGAGCGCAACGUUCGUAAGCGUCUCAGCUGGGCGCUAUUCCUGCAGGACCGCUGGACUGCAUUGGCUUACGGACGACCUGUUCACAUUCACGACGAUGACUGGACAGUUGGCGAUCUUACUUCGGCUGAUUUUUCGGAUUUUGAAAAUGAGGUCCCCAACGCUCCCUCAGCUUCGGGAUCUGUUUCUAGUUCCGUUUCUGUUUCUGGCUCCGACGAUGAUCGGAGAUCGAUCGCCUACACUGGUAUGACGCAGUAUAUACAGAUGGUGCGGUUGACGCAGAUUCUAUCAGUUGUCUACUCCAACUUCUACACAGCUCGUACCUGUCGAGAGCAGGACACGGUGAUCCUUUUUGAAAAGGCCCGGCCUCUUUUCGAGAUGUUGACGAACUGGUACCACACCAUCCCGCCAACACUGCAGAUGAAUGUUAUCUACCAGCGCAAGUUGUGUUUCCACGGAUACUUGCACUUCUCAUACUAUGGCGUUGUCAUGACCCUUCUGCGCCGCCUGAUUCGCUCUACAGCCCUCCCGCCACGCUGUUCGGACGAUCGAGUGCUCUCCAGCAUUCGCCAGAUUGCUCUCCAAACUGCCCAGAGCGCGAUAAGCUUCGUAAUAAGCUUGAGGCCUGACCAUCUCGAAGCAUUCUGGUACUUUACAUCACCCUACCUCUUCUCGCUCCUCGGCUCAUUUACCACCCUACUUCUUGUCACCUCACUAUCUUCCCAAGAACGACAUUUCUGGCAAGAAACCCUAAACUCGUAUCUCUGGAAUCUUCGCAUGAUGAGCAAAAGUCAUCAGCCAAUGCAAUAUGCUGUGAAUCGUCUCGAGGGCGCCAUCCUGCGCGGUCUAGAGCACUCUCUGGCGGUCAACUUGAACGAACCGCUCAAUGACAAAGUUAGCCCCAUGAUGGGGAAUUAUGCUUCAGAUGUAUAUGAAUACACCGAUUUUGGUGACUGGGACCUGGCGGCUGGCGCAACAGGUCCAUAUGAUCUUCUUAGCGGGUUGGUUAUCCAGCCGAAUCCCAUGAUGCCACAAGACGAUCUGGGAUGA